UUUACAACCUUCCACAGCAGCCCAGGCUCCACUGAAACCACAGUCUCACAUGAAAACACCACAACCUCAGGCCUCGAUGAAGCGUCCACACCCAUCCACAGCAGCACUGGCUCACGACACACAACGCUGUCCCCUGCCAGCUCCACAAGCCCUCAGGGAGGCGUUCAGGGAGAAUCGAACACCUUCCAGACCCACCCAGGCUCAACUCACACAGCACCUUCACCUCCCAGCACAAGUACCCCUGUUGAAGAAUCUACUACCGACGACAGCAGCCCAGGCUCAACUGCAACAGCACACUUCCCUGACAGCUCCACAACCUCAGGCCAUAGUGAGGAAUCAACAGCAUCCCACAGCAGCCCAGAUGCACUGGAAACCACAUUCCUACCCACGAGCACCACAGUCUCAGUUCUUGUUGGAGAAUCUACAACCUCACCCAUCAGUUCAGGCUCAGUGGAAACAACAAUGUUACGCGGCAGCAGCACAACACCAGGCCUCAGUGAGAAAUCGACCACUUUCCACAGUAGCCCCAGAUCACCAGACACAAGCCUCUCACCUGCCAGCACGACAAGCUCAGGUGUCAGUGAAGGAUCCACCACCUCCCUCAGCCGACCAUGGUCAAUGCACACAAUGGCGUUUCCGGACAGCACCACCGUACCAGGCCACAGUCAGGAAUCUACAACUUCCCACAGCAGCCCAGGCUCAACACACACAACACUGUUCCCUGGGAGGACCACAGCAUCAUCCCUUGGUCAAGAAUCCACAACGUUCCACAGUAGCCAAGGCUCCACUCACACCACACUCUUCCCUGACAACAGCACAACCUCAGGCCUCGUUGAAGCGUCUACGCCCGUCCACAGCAGCACUGGCUCACCACACACAACACUGUCCUCUGUGGGAUCUACAACUCAUCGGGGAGAAGCUACCACCCUCGCGAGCUGGUCAAGCUCAAAGGACACUACGGCUGCACCUCCUACUACCACAUCAGCCUUUGUUGAUGUAUCUACAUCCUACCACAGCAGCCCGAGCUCAACUCCAACAACCCACUUUUCUGCCAGCUCCGCAAGCUUGGGCCAUAGUGAGGAAUCAACAAUAGUCCACAGCAGUCCAGAUGCAACUGGAACAGCACUCUCACCCGCCCACUCCACAGCCCCAGGUCGUGGAGAAUCUACAGUCUCACCCAUCAGUCCAGGCGCAACUGAAAUAACAACGUUACCUGGCAGUAGCACAACAACAGGCCUCAGUGAGACAUCUACCACCUUCCACAGUAGCCCCAGAUCACCGAUCACAAAACUCUCACCUGCCAGCAUGACAAGCCUAGGCGUCAGUGAAGAAUCCACCACCUCCCAUAGCCAACCGGGCUCAACUCACUCAACAGCGUCACCGGCCAGCACCACCACGCCAGGCCUCAGUGACGAAUCUACCACCAUCUACAGCAGACCACGCUCAACUGAAACCACAGUGUCCCCUCACAGCAGCACAACCUCAACUCGUGGGGAAGAA